CGCACCCCCUACGGUAUACUCACUUACCUCCUUACACGACCCUGUAAGCCUGAGCUCCCCGAGUUUCACCUGCACUCCGCGGCACAAGAUUUUUACUUUUGGUGCGAAUAAUUAAUCGGAGAGAGAGAGAGAGAGAGACGACGGUAUGAGGGGCCGAUCGCAGAGAAAUCGGUUCCAGGGAUUGGGGCUGCUGCUGAUCGUGAUGGGGCUCGUGGUGCCUUGCUGGCCCCUGGCGCUCACGACUUUCGGCAAGUCGAGUCCGACAAACAACAACAACAACAACAACAACCAAAACAACCAGAACAACGAUAACAAGCAACCCGGAGCCGUGGCGAGGGAGUGCAGGUCAGAGUCGGAGUGCAGUGGAAUAAAGGGCGCCUCGUGCCUGGAACCGAUAGACUCGGAGGACAACAAGAUGAGAUGUCUGUGCGGUGACUACAAGCCACCGGCCAACGGGCUAUGCGACAACAAAUACAAAGGGGUCAAAGUAAUGUGCAGCAACGACGAGGAGUGUACCGAAGGGGCACAGUGCAUCGUUGGAAAUUUGACAAAUUUGCCUGGCAAGCGUUGCUACUGCAUGCAGGGCUACGUCGAGGACUCCGACAAGAUGUGCAGUGGUAGCCCCGUUGCCUUUGGAUUUUCGGCACUGUCGCUAGUCGCCAGCUUGUUGCUCGCUGGAAACGUUUAAAUCAUCGAGGAUGCAGAAAACUAAUAAACUGCACCAUACUCUCUACAAAAGAAAAUCUAAUAAAUUUAAUAAGCGUACGGUAAAAUAUUUUUUCAAAAUCAUCCCAACUGAUGUGGGUCACUUUAAAUUUAAAUGGCAAAAUCUUAUUCAUGCAUAAAUGCAUAACUACUCUAAAAACUAGCAUUGCUGAUUUUCAUUGCUACGAGCAUUCUUAACUAUCGAGCCACGUUUGCCUUAGUAACAAACAAUAUGUACCGUAAAAAACAGUCCUUUGAACAUAAGUACAGGGUGUUUUCAAAUACUUUUCUGAUAUUAUACACUUAAAAAAAACAAUUGUCAUACAACUGAUGCAUCUCGCCUGUCACUAAUGCGAGAGCGCGUACUGGGCACCAAUAAAAGAUUGAAAAAUUU